AUGUCGUCGCUGUGUUCACAAUUCAUAAUUGUGCUCCUCUACCUGAAUGGCUGCCAAUGUGCUGAUAUGGCAUUCAUCCCGUUGACCAAAUCAUUUCUCGACACACUCAAAAAUGAGUCGCUGUACAAUAAAUUUGCAACACCAACCCAAUAUGACGGUAUUCCUACAAAUGUUACGCUUUCGAUGUUUAUCGAAGGAAUGAGUUCCUUCAGUGCUCAAACGAUGGAUUAUCACUUAGACGUGUACUUUCAAGAAGAAUGGUAUGAUCAUCGUCUAGCGCACAAUGACUCGGCUCCGAUUCUUGUUCGCGAUUUGAAUGUGUUCAAGAUGAUGUGGCAUCCUGAUGUCUACUUUGCGAAUGCGAGAUCUGCUUCAUUUCAGGAUAUAACAGAUGACAAUUUUCUAGUCUGGGUUUAUCCCAAUGGUCGGGUUUGGUACGACGCACGAAUUUCCAUAGUGAGCUCAUGUAACAUGGAUUUGUGGAAAUAUCCUCUCGAUUCCCAAGAAUGUGCACUUCGCAUCUUAUCAUAUGCAUAUCCGAUGUCAGUCUUGAGACUUCUUUGGUCGGAAAAGCCUGAUGUUCCGGCAAUUGAUAGAAAUCUUGACAUUACAAUGCCAGAUAUGUCUCUGAAAAGUAUCAGAACAGGAUAUUGUAAUGGCACAUACGCAACAGGAGAAUGGAGCUGCAUGACGGCCAUUUUUUACGUGGAACGUGAGAUGAUGCAUCAUGUGAUGCAAACUUAUGUACCUACAGCUCUGAUAGUGGUGAUAUCCUGGUUCAAUUUUUGGCUAGAAAUUGACUCUGCUCCGGCAAGAGUGUCCUUGAGUAUUACUACUCUGCUCACGAUAUCGACGCAAGCAAAUGCUGUGAAAUUGGCGCUUCCUGAAGUGAGCUACAUGAAAGCGAUUGAUGUUUGGAUGGGAUCCUGCAUGGCAUUCGUAUUCGGCGUCAUGAUCGAAUUCACAAUUUGCCAUUAUGCAAAGAAUUUGGAGCUUCUUCGCGGUGAUGCUCAACCGUCGCUGAUUGUUGACACGGCUCUGUCAACCCUUUUCGGAGCCGCGCGGGAUAUUGACGAUUUGGUGCGAAAAGUGGCAUCGCUUAAUGAGGAGGAUGUUGCAAUGAGACCAGAUGGCGAGCAGCAUAUUGCAUUGAAUAUGCUCAAUCCGGAGGAGCCGAGACUCCGAUCAUUGCACACAAACACCGACAUUACUUCAAAUGGAACAAGAUAUUUCGUCGGAACGGAUCGAAUGAAGCGCAAGCGCUCCAAGGCUUCUCUUUCUCGUCUCCGCCAACAGGUAGCAAGCAUGCGCCACGCCACUAUUGAUGUCUCGAGACGAGCUUUCAACUGGACCCGAGCUCUUCGCAAUCUUCGUGGAAGACGAGUCGCGCAGAGAAUUGAUGAAAGAUGCCGCAUUGUGUUUCCCGCCGUUUUCCUUCUAUUCAACGUUGCAUAUUGGAGUUUCUACCUGGUUUUUAAUUAA